AUGAUCAACUUCAUGCUCCUCGUGAGCCGACAAGGCAAGACGCGCCUCACCAAGUGGUACGAGUCCUACUCGACGAAGGAGAAGGCGCGCAUCGUGCGCGAGGCGACGGUGCUCGCGCGCGCGCCGAAGAUGUGCAACUUCAUCGAGUGGCGCGCCGACAAGAAGAUCGUCUACAAGCGCUACGCGAGCCUCUUCUUCAUCUGCUGCGGCGACCGGCGCCGCGAACGGGCGCCGCGGCGCCGCAAGUUGAAGUUUUUACCCGCAGGCGUCGACUCCGAGGACAACGAGCUCAUCACGUUGGAGAUGAUCCACCUCUUCGUCGAGGUGCUGGACCGCUACUUCGGCAACGUCUGCGAGCUCGACAUCAUCUUCAACUUCCACAAGGCCUACUACAUCCUCGACGAGCUCUUCAUCGCGGGCGAGCUCGAGGAGAGCUCGAAGAAGGAGGUCCUGUCCAUCUGCGCGCAGAUGGACGAGAUGAUGGACGAGUCCAAGGAGGAGGGCAACGGCAAGGGCGGCCGCAAGUAG